AUGGCCGAGCAGGGCCGCCCGGAGACGGGCAAACGCCCCGCGGACGGCACCGCCGCGCCGCCCUAUGCAUCCGCGCCCAAUCUCGCGAGGGUCGUGGAGCAGCUCACGCGCAUCGGAAAGCGCUUUCGCGGAGGAGCAGUAGGGGCGGAGUGCGCGGUCAUCGAGGCGGCGCGCUCCGAGCUCCUGCCCGUGCUGAGCCGGCGCGCAAUGCACCGGGCGCGGUCCACCGUCAAGGAUUUCGUCCUGUCGUACUACCCGCUCAUGGGCCUGCUGCCCAUCGACUUCCUCGAGCACUGGGACACGCUCGUCUUCUUCGAGGUCUGCCUGUACCAGAUGGACGAGAUCAACGAGGACUGCUGCAAGGCGGGAACGCCGACGCGCCCCGCGCUGUACGGGGCCUGCGCUGACGCCGCCCGUUCGUGCCUGGCUGCGGCGUGCCCCACGGGCGACGCGCUCGACCCCGCUGGACCGAGCGGAGGGCCGCGCCCGGCGCGCACGGCACCCUCCGCGAUCGCGACGGCGCGGGCGGAGUUCGCGGCGGGCUUGGCGUACUGGGACGCCGAACUGGCGAUCGCACGCGCGCUCGCCGACGUUCCGGGCGCGUUUCCGUGCGCGGGCGCGGCCUCCGCGCCCUCGUCCGUCCUGACGGACGCAGCCAUCCUCAGCACGCACGAGAGCAAGUCCUUCGACUUCCGCUGCCUCCACGCCCUCGCCCGGCACCUGCACGGCCUCGCGCCAGCGUCGCCGCAGCUCCUGCAGUUCCUGGUCGUCGACGAGCGCCUCGUGGACAUCGGGGACGACCUCGUGGACUACGAGGACGACAUCGAGCGCAACUCCUUCAACAUCCUGCGCUGCAUGGCCGCCGUCCACGGCGCGGGGGCACCGGUGCGUGUCGCCGAGCUGAUCGGGCAGCUCGAAGUGCAGCACGCGGCGUUGCUGCGCGGCCUGCCCGAAGCCAGCCGCUCGGCGCACGUGUCGCGGCUGGCGGCGGCCGCGCAGGGCCGCGCCGGGGCGCUGCGGUGGAGCUUCCCGGCGCUAGUCCUGGACGAGGCCGCGUGGCGGCGUGCGCUGGCGCGCACCGCGGAGUGCGCCCCCGGGGCGGUGGCGUGA